GUCAUAGGUUGUAUAAGGGUUGUUUGUUAAGUGGUUUGCAUAGAGAAAAGUGGUUUGCUUUCUGAAGUUGUACAUGUGCAUGUCGCUUCUGGAACAAAAUAAUUUUAAGAGAGUUUAUUACAAGUGAGAAAUGGCUGAUGAAGAGUAUGACGGUGAGGAUGCGGGUGCAGAUUACGACGAUAUUGUCGAGGAAGACAAUAACAUCGAAGAAGUCGAAGAACAAGAGGAAGACGGUUACAACGUGCAAUGUUUAGCACCUGGGCAAGCCGGGGGAGGAGUAGAAAAAUCUAAGCGUAUAACUACACGGUACAUGACAAAAUAUGAAAGAGCUAGAGUCUUAGGUACGAGAGCUUUGCAAAUAGCAAUGUGCGCACCUGUAAUGGUAGAAUUGGAGGGAGAAACGGAUCCACUUCAAAUAGCUAUGAAGGAACUGAAGCAACGUAAAAUUCCAAUCAUCAUUCGUAGAUAUCUUCCAGACCAUUCAUAUGAGGACUGGAGCAUAGAUGAAUUAAUUAUUAUUGAUCAUUAGUCUUAAAUAAUGUUUUAAUUAUAAGUGUUUUGUGAAGUAUGUUAAAUUAAACUUUAUUUGAUGUCAGAGAAAAUAACUUUGUAUGCAGUUUCAAAUAUCAUCAGAUGUGGGCACAUCUACAUUUUUUAAGUCUCAUAUGUAAAUAUUUGUAACUGUAAGAUGUAUUAAGAUUAAUUAUUUUUUCAAUAAACAGUUAAA